CUCCCGCUUUUCACGGGGGUCAGGGGUGGGGUCCACCGCUGCGCGUGAUGCUGAAAGCCCGGCCCUCUCCCCUCCACCGGGUGGAGCUUCCUCUCUACCGCCAGGCUCAAGCCGGGUCCCUGCCUUCACCAUUAGGCCAAUUUUCCUUGCAGCACACCGGUUCCAGAAGCUGAGACCUCUUGGGUUGUUGGCAGGACGCAGAACGGAGCAGAGAUCACACCGUUUUGUUCACGCUCUGUGCUCCAGCCGAGGGGGCAAUGGCGACUUCGUGUGUCCUCCUGCAUACUGGGCAGAAGAUGCCCCUGAUUGGACUGGGCACCUGGAAGAGCGAUCCUGGCCAGGUGAAAGCAGCUAUUAAAUACGCCCUGAGUGUAGGCUACCGCCACAUUGACUGUGCUGCUAUCUACGGCAAUGAGACCGAGAUCGGGGAGGCCCUGAAGGAGAAUGUGGGACCUGGCAAGGCGGUGCCGAGAGAGGAGCUGUUUGUGACUUCGAAGCUGUGGAACACUAAACACCACCCUGAGGAUGUGGAGCCUGCCCUCCGGAAGACGCUGGCUGACCUCCAGCUAGAGUAUUUGGACCUGUACCUGAUGCACUGGCCUUACGCAUUUGAGCGGGGAGACAACCCUUUCCCUAAGAAUGCCGAUGGGACUAUCCGCUAUGAUUCUACCCACUACAAGGAGACCUGGAAGGCUCUGGAGGCACUGGUGGCUAAGGGGCUGGUACGGGCACUGGGCCUAUCCAACUUCAGCAGUCGACAGAUCGAUGAUGUGCUUAGUGUGGCCUCUGUGCGCCCAGCUGUCCUGCAGGUGGAAUGUCACCCAUACUUGGCUCAGAAGGAGCUGAUUGCCCACUGCCAAGCACGCGGCCUGGAGGUGACUGCUUAUAGCCCCCUGGGCUCCUCUGAUCGAGCUUGGCGUGAUCCUGAUGAACCGGUCCUACUUGAGGAGCCAGUCGUCCUGGCCCUGGCUGAAAAGUAUGGCCGGUCUCCAGCUCAGAUCCUGCUCAGGUGGCAGGUGCAGCGGAAAGUGAUCUGCAUUCCCAAGAGCAUCACCCCUUCACGUAUCCUCCAGAACAUUCAGGUGUUUGACUUUACGUUUAGCCCGGAGGAGAUGAAGCAGCUAGAUGCCCUGAAUAAAAAUUGGCGAUACAUUGUGCCCAUGCUCACAGUGGAUGGAAAGAAGGUCCCGAGAGAUGCAGGGCACCCUUUGUACCCCUUUAAUGAUCCAUACUGAGACCCCCACUUCCUGGUUUCCUUCCCAGCUCUCCAGCUACAAGGUCCUCCCACAUGCAGAAAGGAAUUAAUAAAGCUAUUGGAGCAUCCACACUA